AUGUUCCCCUGCUCCCUGGUUCCCUCUUCACCCAGUGGAUCCGGAACCAACAGGAAGAGGAAGACCCUCUUCACGCAUCCCAGGCACAGGCACAAGGCCCCCAUCAGCUGGCAGGGACUCCCGGACUUUGUGAGGUCCUGGGCAGAGCAAGAAGAGCGGGCAAGUGGACGAAUGAAGGCCUUUGCUGGCAUUGCUCUCACUGCCCCGGCGCGCGUACCUGGCGUGAUGGGUGCGCUGCCGUGGGACCCAUCACGAUUGUCACCAUCGACUGGUAGGUUUGGACCAGGGGAGAUGGAGGAGGACAAGUUAUGCCAGCACCGCCCUCGUCCCUGGGCGGCGGCAACGAUGGAUAAGGACAUGGGGAGCGUUGCCAGCGUGGACCAGCAUGAGCUCAUAAGUUUCCUUGACGACACGGAUACGGACGCGGACGAGUUUAUCCUUUGCUCGUCUAAUAACUCGUCUCCUUCUUCUGUUCCCAUUGCGCACUUUCCGAUCGACGAGAACGAGAUCGACAGAGAUCUUUCAUCAACAAGAACCACCAGAAGCACCAGCACCGACAUUAUUUCCAAUAGUAUCCGUAAUAAUACUUCGUUUUACUCUUCCGCACGCUCGAGCUUUUCGUCUUCGACAACGACAACAGCAACAAAUUUGACUUUUACAACGACAUCGGUAUCGACAGCCACCACGACAACGGCGACAAUGGCGCCAACGACCAUUACCAACAGCUUCCUCAGCAUUGGGGGAGGUGACAACAACGCCGCUAAGAGCAAUGGCAAGAAGACAGCAGUAGCAACAGCGGGGACGGCGGCCGGUGGACGGACCAGCGAAGAUAGCGUGGACCGGUCUCACGGCCUCUGGAACUAUUUGCAUCACGGACUCGACGGGUACAGCUCGCCCGAUCUGCGUUUGCUCCAGCACAACCAGCAGCAACAGCAACAGAGCCAGCAACAGCAUAAACAGUCCCCUUCGUCAUCGUCAUAUCAUAACCUCUACUUGCGGCCCGACUCGUCGAGGAGCCACCAGCACUUUCACUUUCCCCGGACGAGCUCCGAGUCGGGUUCCCGCUCUGGCACUGGCUCUACCGCGACCGCGACCGCCAACUCGACGACGUCGACACUGAGGAGCGGCAAAAGUCACGAGAAGAGCAACAGCAGCGGCAGCAAGAAGACCACGGCGACGACGGUGUCUGCCGCAAACUCGGCGACGAUGGCUGUGAAGCCGGCAAAGGUCAAUACCACCGGAUCAGCAACAAUUACUGUGCCGCCUCCGCCGGUGUCGCCUUCAUCGUCAGGGCCCUUUGGGGCGCAGAUGACGAAGCAAGAAUUCGAGGCGUUGCCGGAAGCUAUUCAGCGAAAGGUGAGCAAAGACAUUUUAUUUGUGUGA